UGAGAGUGCGCUUGCGCCACUUAUUCUGUAUCAGACUUUGAAACCAAUGAAUAGCCUAGUCUUACCUCAGUCACUUUCCAACCAGCAAAUCGUACGAUUUACGUAUACGCGUUUCGAGCUAGAAAUCAUCUCAUCGAUAUAAGACAAUGGCUGCAGAAAAGUAUGAUAAACUCACACCUGAGUUGAAACAAGAAUUGAAGAGCAUCGCCCAGCAAAUUGUUGCGCCCGGAAAAGGAAUCCUCGCUGCCGAUGAAUCAACCGCAACAAUCGGCAAGCGUCUAAAAGACAUCAAUGUUGAAAAUACUGAGGACAAUCGCAGAGCAUACAGACAACUUCUUUUUACCAGCGCUAAAGAUGCCAUCAGCCAGCAUAUAUCUGGUGUUAUUCUAUUCCACGAGACCUUGUACCAGAAGGCCGAUGAUGGAACACCAUUCGUCGAAUUGUUGAAACAACGUAAUAUCUUGCCAGGUAUCAAGGUUGACACAGGUGUAGUAACAUUAUUUGGUACCGAGGAAGAAACCACUACGCAGGGUCUCGACAAUCUUCAAGCUCGUUGUAUUCAAUACAAGAAAGAUGGAUGUCAAUUCGCCAAAUGGAGAUGCGUGCUGAAAAUCAGAAAGGAUUGUCCCAGCAAAUUGGCCAUUUUGGAAAAUGCCAAUGUUUUGGCUCGUUACGCUUCUAUUUGUCAAAGUGCUAGGAUUGUGCCAAUCGUCGAGCCUGAGAUUUUACCUGAUGGUGAUCAUGAUCUUGCCCGUUGCCAACAAGUCACGGAAGAAGUACUGGCCGCCGUGUACAAGGCACUCAGUGAUCAUCAUGUGUAUCUUGAGGGAACUCUUUUGAAACCGAACAUGGUAACACCAGGACAGAGUUGUCCAAAUAAAGCAUCACCUCAGGAAAUCGCAGCAGCUACUGUGACCGCUUUAUUGCGUACCGUUCCACCUGCAGUACCUGGAAUUACCUUCCUCAGUGGCGGUCAAUCAGAAGAGGAGGCAUCUGUGAAUUUGGAUGCUAUUAAUAAGUUCCCCGCGAACAAACCUUGGGCUUUGACCUUCAGCUAUGGCCGUGCUCUUCAAGCUUCCGUGCUUCGCGCAUGGGGAGGCAAGAAGGAACAAAUUAGUGCUGGUCAGGAAGAGCUUAUCAAGAGGGCUAAGGCAAAUGGUCUAGCCAGCAUAGGCAAAUAUAAAGCUGGAAGUAUUACUGGCAAAGCUGCACAUGAUGUUCUCUUUAUAACAUCCCAUUUUUAUUAAAUUCCUUUCUUCCUUUCCAAAAAACAUUUCCAUAGUAAGUGUCAUACACUAGUUUUGCAUUUAUUUCUUUUAUUCACUUAUAUUGUACAUAAAUAUACUAACAAUAUAAUAAAAUACUUACUUGAUACUAAUUAUAAUUAACAAACUGUAGUUUCUUGUUAAUAAUAAAUUUGUAAUUAUAUUUUUAAUUUUUUAGGCUAACAGCGAAUCGGCACUCGGCAAAUAUAGCGGUGGUGUAAUGGGAGCUGCUGGCAAUGCUACGCUUUUCGUCGCGAAUCACGCGUACUAAAAUAAUCAUUAAAAUAUUGAUAAGGGUUAGAUAAUUAGAUCAAACAUUGUCAACGUCGAUUACCGAUAUAAAAACAUAACUAUCAACAGUGAAGAUGGGAAACAAUUAAAGAAAGACUUAAGAAAAAUGCUCGAAAAAUGCUCGAAACAUAGAACACAGCGUCUGUAUAAUUGUAUAUUUCAGAAGGAAAAAUUUAAAUUUAAAAAUCGAAUGGAUUCAAUUUUAAUCUAUUGCGGAAAAUUUAUAUGUUUAUACGUGUUUUUUAAAAUUAUAUUUUAAUGAUCGAAAUGAAUUUUAACGAUGAUUUUUAAUCGAGUAUUAUACAGAAGCUGAGAAAUAACUUAUGUUUUGAGAUAAAUUUUAACACUCAGGAUUAUUAUAAACAAGCGAUCAUAGUUGAUUCUCUUCGUCGAUUGUCGUGUUUCUAUAAACAAGCGAAAAAAACUAUUCUUCGUCAAAAUUAUCAUUAUUGCUUUUACGCUUCCUGUUCUUUUGCGCUAUCUUUGAUUUUCUCCUUUAUUUUCAUCAAUAUUAUUGUAUUCAUUUUCUUUGGAUGAUACGAUGAAGAAUGUUUCACGCACCUUUUGUCACAGAAUCGUUUGUUUUGAACAUUACGACAAUUUUCAAGAGAGAUUUAUUUGAUCGAUGUACAUACGAACCUAUCGAGUGAAAUCAAUUUGAAAAAGAGAUGAAAAUUCUUUAUUUAGAUCGUAAAUAGAUUUCGUGACAUUCGAAUUACACACGCGUUAUUAUAUUCUGUAACACUACGACUAAAAAGAAACAGAUAUAUUAUAUAUAUAUUGUCAAUGUCGUUAUAAUAUUCUACGUGUAUAAAAAGGAAAAAAAAAAAAAAGAAAAACAAAGUAAAAAUACAUAUUAAAUGUUGUUUGUUAGUAAAUGAGUCGAAUAUUAUGAAGUCGUAAUAUUAUGUCAUCUACUUAUACAAUAUGUGUAUCUUAUAUUAUAGAUAUUUAAGUAACGUAUUGAACUAUCUCGUACAUCGAUGUUAUAUCUAAUAUUUUCAUUGCAAUCUAGGUCACCAAAUACACUGUGGAGGGGAA